ACAUCUGCCUACUGUACUCACAUAAUUCUAUCAUGGCUUCCUCUCUUGGAUACUUCCUCUUCUCCUUUCUCCUUCUCUUCAUCCCAGCCUCCUACGGUAAAACAUCAUUCCGGCCGGAUGCCCUUGUUAUUCAGGUAUCAAAGGAUGCUUCUACUCUCCAAUAUCUGACCACCAUCAACCAAAGAACCCCUCUUGUGCCUGUAAAACUUGUGGUUGAUCUUGGAGGGCAGUUUUUGUGGGUUGAUUGUGAGCAGAAUUAUGUGUCCUCCUCAUACCGCCCGGCGCGGUGUCGGUCGGCCCAAUGCUCAUUAGCCAGGGCUAAUGGCUGUGGGGAUUGCUUCUCCGCCCCUCGGCCGGGAUGCAACAACAACACAUGUGGUGUCUCGCCGGACAACACGGUGACUCGCACUGCCACCAGUGGUGAGCUUGCUGAAGAUGUUGUUUCUGUUCAAUCCACCGAUGGAUCAAACCCGGGUCGGGUUGUUUCUGUGUCGAAGUUCCUCUUCUCCUGUGCGCCAACCUUCCUCCUGGAAGGCCUCGCCAGUAGUGCCAUGGGCAUGGCCGGACUUGGCCGCACCAGGAUUGCGUUUCCUUCACAAUUCGCUUCUGCUUUCAGUUUCCAUAGGAAAUUCGCUACAUGUCUCUCUUCUUCAACCACCGCCAAUGGCGUAGUGUUCUUCGGCGACGGCCCUUACAGGCUGCUCCCCAACAUCGACGCCUCUCAGUCCCUCAUCUACACGCCAUUGUACAUCAACCCCGUCAGCACAGCAUCCGCUUACACCCAAGGCGAACCCUCGGCCGAAUACUUCAUUAGAGUAAAGUCCAUCAGGAUCAACGAAAAGGCUAUCUCAUUGAACAAAUCGCUGCUGUCCAUCGACAGCGAAGGCGUCGGCGGGACAAAGAUCAGCACCGUCAAUCCAUACACUGUCAUGGAGACUUCCAUAUACAAGGCCUUCACUGAGGCCUUCAUCAGCGCAGCAGCCGCUAUGAACAUCACCAGAGUGGCAGCAGUGGCACCAUUCAAUGUGUGUUUCAGCUCAAAGAACGUUUACAGCACACGGGUCGGUCCAUCUGUUCCAAGCAUCGACCUUGUUCUGCAGAACGAGAGCGUGUUCUGGAGGAUCUUCGGAGCGAACUCAAUGGUGUAUGUCAGUGACGACGUACUGUGCCUUGGAUUUGUCGACGGAGGAGCCAACCCCGGAACCUCCAUUGUCAUCGGAGGGUACCAGUUGGAGGACAACAUUCUGCAGUUUGAUCUGGCCACUUCAAGGCUGGGGUUCAGCUCCUCACUCCUGUUCAGACGGACUACAUGCGCCAACUUCAACUUCACAUCCAACCCUUAAAGAAUAAAACUACAUCAUAGCAUUCUCAUAUGUAUAACAGUGUGAAUAAGUGGCCAUGACUCAUGAGGCCUGAAACAUCCUCUGUUUUGAAGUUUCUCCAUCAAUAUAUGUUUGUAUCGUAUAAAACAAUAUGAUAAAUAAGAACAUAUUUUCCAUUUUCAAAUGGGCUUACCGAUGACA